CGGGCCGAGCCGGGCCGAGCGGCGAGCGCCCGUGCGGCGCGGUCCCGCGGCGGCCGUGAGGGAGCGGGGUGAGGGAGCGGGCAGCGCUCCGGGGCUUCCCCCGCCGGCGGAGCGCCCUUUGCCGCCUGUAGAGGAGGCAAGAGCGGUUUACGGCGCGGCGCACCCCCUCCUGGUGUCCCUCGCUCUGCGGUGAGGGGUGGAAAUGAAACGGGAGUUUUAAACUUAAAGGACUCAUCAUGGAAGACUCAGAAGGACCUCAAUUCAGCUCAUUGGAAGAGGAAACCAGAUACUGGAAGGAGUUGGCUACGAAAUACAAGCAGUGUGCUGAGAAUACACAGGAGGAAUUGCGUGAAUUCCAAGAAGGGAGUAGAGAGUAUGAAGCUGAACUGGAGACUCAGCUGCAGCAAACAGAAUCCAGAAACAGAGACCUUCUGUCGGAAAACAAUCGUCUGCGGCUGGAGCUUGAGUCAGUUAAGGAAAAGAUUGAAAUGCAGCAUUCGGAGGGAUACAGGCAAAUCUCUGCGCUGGAAGAUGACUUGGCCCAGACAAAAGCUAUUAAAGAUCAACUUCAGAAAUACAUUCGAGAACUCGAGCAAGCAAAUGAUGACUUGGAAAGAGCAAAGAGAGCUACUAUAAUGUCUCUGGAAGAUUUUGAACAGCGUUUAAACCAGGCUAUCGAAAGGAAUGCUUUUCUGGAAAGUGAACUGGAUGAGAAAGAAAACCUUCUGGAGUCUGUGCAGCGCCUGAAAGAUGAAGCUAGAGAUCUACGACAAGAGCUUGCAGUGCAGCAGAAACAGGAGAAACCCAAAACACCGAUGCGAGCUACCCUGGAAACAGAAAGGACAGACACUGCAGUUCAAGCAUCCUUAUCUGUGCCUUCAACUCCCUUGCUGCACCGGGCACCCAACAUCCACAUACCCACCCCUGCAACAUUUAGAAGAGGUCUUGAAGACAGUUUUGGUGCAACCCCUCUCACACCUGCUGCAAGAAUAUCUGCACUUAACAUUGUGGGAGACUUGCUGCGAAAAGUGGGGGCUUUGGAGUCCAAACUUGCGUCUUGCCGAAACUUUGUGUACGACCAGUCUCCAAACAGAACCACGGUGUCCAUGUGCAUGAACAGAGAUGUCCUUGAAACACGCCUGAGUCCUCAUCAGCCUCUGUGUGAUACAGGGUUAGUGAAACGCCUGGAGUUUGGAACACGGCCUUCAAACAUUCCAGGACCAAUGAGCCAUCCCUCACAAAGUGUUGUCAAGAUGCUGCUAUGAAAAUCCUGGCUGGCUUUGGAAAAGGAAAAAAAUAAAUAUAUAUUUUAAAUGUCAGUUUUAAAGAGAAUAUCAAUGAGCAAUCAGGCAGCAGUCUCAGGGUAGGUGAGAACUCAAGAAUCUGCAACUGGCAGCGGCCUCCUGUGGCCAUACCCAGUCUGGUGCUUCAGCCAAGUUCUGUGGGUAGUAUGAUAAAGCAGUGCUGCCUAGCAAAGCAGGACUUGAAUUGCUUCCUACAUCAGCUGCUGUAAAUAACUCCUUGAAAGUUGCUUCUUCUGACACUACCAGUCAAAGCCAUUUUCCCUCUACCUACAGCAGCAACAGCAUUCCCUAUGCAACUCCUCAGGGUUUGGCUUUCGGUGUUAAUUAUAGCACCAUGGUGUUCUGGCUUAAAAGUUGGUUGUGGUGGUUGUCUAUGAUGGGUGCUGUACGCUGUAAUCACCUGAAUUACAGAAGUGGUUUUAUGUGGAGAAAGGUGUAUUUCUGCAGGGAAGCUGCUCAGGUCUUUGUGGAAUGUUUGCUGGUCAGAAUCUUCCUAUACAAAACCCCGUCUCUAUAGUGGUAAUAUAGUUUUGUAAGCAAUGAUUGGCCAUUAAGAAUGAAUCAUGCGUAAAGAUGAGGAAUGCUUAGUGCUUAGAGUACUCGGAAGGUCCCAGAGUUAACAGCAAGGUAGGAGACUUUGGACUGGCUUAUCAUGUAGACCUCUUUUUUUUUUUUUUUUUUUUUUUCUCCAUAUUGUCAGCCAUACAUCCUGGCUAUUGUAGGAAGCGAGAGACCUGAUUAAGUUCCUAGUUCUAACAUCUUAAUAGGUGGGCUUUACUGCUUUCCAAAUCUUCCUUUAUUAAUGUGCCUUGGGUGUUAAUGAUUUUUGUCUUGUUUUAUUUUCUAUGAAAAUAUAGCUUUCAGCUGUUACUAAUUUAGAAAUUGUUUUUUAACCUGAAAAGUUCUUUAUGCUAGACAAGUGUAUAUAAGUAGAAAAAUAUUUAUAAAUCCGUUUUUCCCUGUAGCAUACGACUGCAUUUUGGUUUGUUUUUUAAAUGGAGUAGGUUCACUCACAGUAUUAAUAUACCUUAUGGAAGCCUGUAUUUGCAGAAAUAAUCGUGACUGAACAAUUUUUAUGGUUUGUUUGUGGGGGUGGGGAGAGCUUACUUGAAAAAAGAAUGCAUUGUUGGGUUUGUUUUUUUGGUUUUAUUUUGGUUUAGGAAAAUGCUGUGAAAAUGGCCACUGAUGCAUCUAUUUCUCUGGAACAGGAAAUAACCACAGAUCAUUCCCAUUAUUCAGGCCAUAUACAAAGUUGGCUUAACUGGGGAGCAGAAUAAAGCUUAUUUUGAAUGCUG